AACAAAAACCCUUUAACCCACCUAGUAGAGAGCGGAUUAAAAAAAAAAAAACCUAGGAGAGAGAGAGAGAGAGAGAGACAGAAUGGCGAACGUAGACGUGGAAGCAGUGGACUUCGAGCCGGAGGAGGACGAUCUGAUGGACGAUGACGGCGCCGUCGACGCCGACGCGGCCAUCAUUCCCAAGCUCAAAUCCGCCAUCACCGGAGGAGGUCCCAAAAGGACGAAAGGCCGUGGGUUCCGCGAAGAAGAGGCCGAAGCCGAUCGCAACAACCGCCUCGCCGGUCGGUUCGACUCGCUCGACUCCGAUGGCGGGCCUGGCGCCGAACGAUCCAUUGAAGGAUGGAUAAUUCUGGUCACUGGAGUUCAUGAAGAGGCCCAAGAAGAUGAUCUGCAAAAUGCAUUUGGUGAAUUUGGGGAGAUGAAGAAUUUGCAUCUGAAUCUUGAUCGUCGAACUGGAUUUGUCAAGGGAUAUGCAUUGAUUGAAUACGAGACCUUUGAAGAAGCACAGAAAGCUAUACAUGAAAUGGAUGGAACUGAACUGCUCACUCAAACCAUCAAUGUUGAUUGGGCAUUCAGCAAAGGUCCAUUUAGGAGGAGGAAUAUGAGGAGGAGAUCGCCACAUGGUCGUCGUUCAAGAAGUCCGAGGAGGAGAUUCUAAUUAUGCAAGGCUUUGUGGAUUACUGUUGGGGAUGAGAAACCAGAUGUUUGGACAGGAAUUUUUUGUGUAUUACUGAUCGUUUGUACAAUUAUUAAUCUGUUAGCUGAGAUUAAUAGGAUGUUUUUCCUCCAAACCUUGUAAUAUGUCGUGAUACUGUGUUGAUAUUCUAGGAUGUCUUUUGGACUAGCA